ACCUAAUUAGUUUUUGGGUUUGCAUAAGUUUGGUAAUUAGGAAUAUUAGUACUAAACCGAAGAUAAAUCGCCUAUAAACAUAAGAUUUAACGGAUAAUCGAAUUUCUGUCUCAUAUAUGGAAUUUUAUACAGUGACUUUGCAUAUUGUCACAAUACCAGUUGAAUUACAUUGAAUUUUAUUUUCUACAAGUUCAUGAAACUUUUUGAAAGGUUCACAGUAAACCAAAAUUCAUGUUACUUAAAUAGUUUCUAAAGUAAAUGGUAUAACUUCCGUUCUUUUUGGUAAUGCAUCGAUUGUACAGACUUAGCAAUCAGUUACAUUAUGGAUUCAACUGUACGAGAGUGAUACCCUCAUGUCGGAAGAUUACAUCUCUAGCAAUCGAGACAUCUUGUGAUGAUACUUCUGUGGCCGUUGUCCAGAAAACUUCGAGCGAGUCCUUACCAAACAUUGUUUGUCUCAAUACUCAUCGAACACUUUCAAAAUAUGAAAUGUAUGGGGGAAUACAUCCAUCAAUUGUUAUACAAGAACAUCAAAAGAACCUGGCAAGAGUUGUUUACGAAACUAUAAAACAGUCUCAAUCGUUAGGUGUUUCUAACUAUGAUCUUAUAACUGUAACCCGUGGUCCUGGAAUGCUAGGUCCUUUAGCUAUUGGCUUGAAUUUUGCCAAGGGUUUAGCUGUUGGCCUUAAUAAGCCCCUUUUAGCGAUACAUCACAUGCAAGCACAUGCGUUAACAGUGCAGUUGGAGUCUCAAAUCCCAUUUCCGUUUCUUUCAAUUCUAGUAUCUGGGGGCCAUACUAUAUUAAUUUUAUCCAGAUCGGUUGUUGCUCAUGAAAUCUUGGCAUCGACAACUGACAUAGCUGUUGGUGAUUACCUGGAUAAAUGUGCCAAAUAUUUAGAAAUUCCUUGGAAUAAUCAAAUGCCAGCUGCAGCUCUUGAAAAAUUUGCUGCUCCCACUCUCGAUGAUUUGAAUGUAGAUUGUAAUCCACCGAACCCCAUGAGCACUGGUGAAAAGGCACAUAAUCCUAAUUUUUCUUUCUCGGGAUUAGAAUCUUAUGCUCGAAGACUUAUUACCUCAAAGUCAUGGAGUUUUUCAGAAAAAAAGAUCUUGGCUUAUAAGCUUCAGGAAGCUGCCUUUAAGCAUAUUUGCCAGAAGAUUACUAAAGCCAUUGAGUCUACUGAUCUAUCGGAUGUGCGUUUUCUAGUUUGUAGUGGAGGCGUUGCUAGAAACUCCGUUCUGAAGAAAAUGCUGGAAGAAUUGCUUAUUUCACUUCAUAGUAGAGGCCUAAUUCCUGAAACAAAACUUGUUUACCCUUCUUUGGAACUUUGUAGUGACAAUGCUGCUAUGGUUGCUUAUACGGGAAUACGAAUGUUUGAAGAAGGAUUCAAAUCCUCGCUUGAAGUAGAACCCAUCAGAAAAUGGCCUAUAAAUUCAAUAUUAAAUGUAAACGGCUGGAUACAUCGAUAAUGCAAAUUAUAUUAUUAAUAACAAAGCCUAAAUACUGUAGGGUUCAAACUAUGCCAUAAGAUAACAAUAAAUCGAAGUGCAGAAAAACAUCCUUUUUAUCAAUAAUGGCAUAUCUUUUCGUAAACGCACAUUUAUUAUGGUGCGUUUUCUUUCGUAAGCAUUCCUUUGACUAGUUUCUUUAUAAAAAACCUGAGUAUUGGUAGUAGCAUAGUGUUUGCAGCAAUAUACUGAAAUUGCUCUAGAG